AUGACUGCAACCGCUCAGUCUCUCGCGACGUCAUCGAAGACGCAUCUGACCCUCAAGGGUUCAACAGCGAUGGUCUCGGAAUUCUUCAACUACUCUGUCCAAUCCCUCCUCUACCAACGAGGCAUCUACCCAAACGAGGACUUUCGACAGAUCAAAAAGUACGGUCUACCGAUGCUAGUCACAACAGACUCGGGCUUGGAGAAGUAUCUCAAUGACUGUCUGCAGCAGGUGACUCGGUGGAUCGAAGAGGGAAAGCUCACAAGGCUGGUCGUGGCGAUUGUGGAAAAGGACUCCGGAGAGACGAGGGAGAGGUGGCAGUUUGACCUUGAGGUGACAGGUACUGGGACUGAUCAGUCAUCAGCGGCAUCGAAGAAGACGGAUGCUCAGGUGAAAUCCGAGAUUGCAGCUCUCAUCAAGCAGAUCACUGCGUCAUGUACCUUCCUGCCGAUCAUUGAAGAGCCUUGCGCCUUCAACAUCCUCGCAUAUACUACUCGGCUAGAUACAAAUGUCCCUCUGGAGUGGCAAGACUCAGACGCUCGGCUGAUCGCAGAAGGCAAGGCGGAGCAGGUCAAGAUGAGGUCCUUCAGCACCGGAGUUCACAAGGUGGAUGCAGUGGUGGCUUAUAUGAGGGGCGAGGACGAUUGA